UUCUCGCCAGAACGCAUCCGGUUGUUCCAUCUGGAGUUGCACCGUUCAGUAGAGUUUGGAGAAGCUGGCGAGUGCUAGAGAAUUCCGAGAAUGAGAUAGUGUUUAUCUGUGGGCCGACUGACUUCCACAUGCGAGAAAGAAUUCGCAAUGGAAGGCCUAAAUGCUUUGAAGGAUACGUCCAGGAGGGCGGAGGUCAUAAGAGUGCAGCACAUCACAGAGGAAUGGCCAUCGGUGUCUCAAUAAACUUGAGUCUCAUUGCAUAUAUGGAAGAGCGGGAAGGUCGCACUCGACGGUCCAGACGACAGUCUCAAUGAGAGCCUGCAAGCCAAGCUCAAACAAGCGCGUCGCACGUGCCAUCAAUGCUUGCUGUUGCUAACUCUCUUU